GCCGGGCUUCGGGGUAGAGGCGUGGACCGGCGUGUGUCAAAAGCUACAGUGACCCUUCCCAGCCCGAGUCCGUGAGCCCCGGGUGGACGGGCUCCCGGGACUGCGUUCUUGCGGGUCGGGGAUCGGGCGAUGCGGGGGCUCUGCAGGUGUGGCGACCCGGAGCGCAUCCACCGGUGGCCGGAGCGCACAAGUGGUUAACGCCCGGAGCGCCCUCCCGGGUGUGGAAAGAGAACCAAGCUUUACUGAAGGUCUGAAUUGUUGCCGGUGGAAUGCUACCUGCUUUUCCAAAGGUGUCUAGCUUUAACCCCACAGCAACCCCAUCUCUGCCUUCACCCAAGGGUUACAGAAAAUGACCAAGUCCCAGAGACCAGUAACAUUCAAGGACGUGGCUGUGGAUUUCACCCAGGAGGAGUGGUGGUAUCUGGACCCUUCCCAGAGGGAUCUGUACCGGGACGUGAUGCUGGAGAACUAUAUCAACCUCAUCUCAGUGGGAUAUAAAACCAUCAAGCCUGCUGUGAUCCACAAAUUGGAACAAGGAGAAGAACCAUGGAUGGUGGAGAGAGAAAUCUCAAGUUGGAGAUACCCAGAAGAAGUCUGGCAAGUUGAUGACCACAUGGAGAGGCACCAAGAGAACCAAGGAACACUUUUCAGGCAUGUUGCAUUCAUUGACCAGAAAACUGUGACGGAGGAAAAGGCUUGCAGGAUCUUCGUUCCCCAACCAGAGAUUGAACCCAGGCCGUGGCAGUGAAAGUGCAGAGUCCUAACCACUGGACCACCAGGGAAUUCCCUAUUUUUUUCUGUAUGAAUUGUAACAAAACAUAGGGCCUCCUAAAUAAGAAUUCUAAAGUAUAAAAUAAACGUUUUUCCUGUUGUUUGUUGGCAUAUA